AUGCCUCGUGGGACGGCCUCGGGCAAGCGACAACAAGGCGCAUCUGGCAACUCCAGCAAGAACGACAAUGGCGUCUCGAGACAAGCUAACCUCCUCAACCCGUCGGCUACCGCCUCGGCCGCCUCUAGCUCCCAGUCGUCGCUAAAUCUAUCCCUCAACGGCUCCGCGAAUGGAUCUACGACUCCUCCCGUUGCCGCCAACGGCAGGACCAACGGCCACGCUGCGACCCCUAACGGCAACCACAACGGCUUCGCGAAGCUCGCACCCGCCGACGACAUGGUCCCCGAACAUCCCCGAGCCCACCAGCUCUCUCGUCGAGCGUCUCUCGGCGCCGACUCCGAGACGUCUACCUCCACGGACUCCUUCCACUCUCACCAUCACGUACUAAACCACGCCAAUGGCAGUACUGCCAUCGAGCCCCGUCAGAUCGACGUGAAUGCCUCCAAGUAUGCUACCGAUGUCCACAAAGACUCCGGCCCUCUCGACUUCGCUGCCACCGUCCUCAUGGCACUCCCUCUUCAUGACACUCUCGCCAUCCUUCUCAUCCUGAUGCAUGUCUCUCCGCUCACGCUCUCCGUCAUCUACACCGUUUUCACCGUCCUCACCUUUGCCUCGCCCCUGACGGCGAGCUCCGUCGUUAACAUCCACCUUGCCGAGCUUUUGGAUUGGCAUUCCACCAUGCCCUCCCUCGUGACCGUUUUAUGUGUUGACAUAUUGGCCCUUCUCGUGUUUCUUUUUCUCUGGCCAUCUGUCCAAAACGCCAUCCUCGAUCUCGCCAAGCCCGUCAUCGCCGCCACCCUCGGUGGUGACUCCCACGACCCACUCGAGGAAGUCUCGAGAUCUGCCGUCUCGGCUGCCAUCCGCCAUCCCGAUCCCUACUUUACCCUUCUAGGAGUGCACAUCCUCAUGCAGGGCAUCGUCCGGUACAUCAGGGAGUGGUAUAUACGUCGCGAGAGAAGUAGCGCCGCAGCCAGCGCCGCCCCGGGAGACGGAACAUGCACCAACAUCGACGAUGCCGACAACGGUGUCGGCGAUAUCAACUACUACAAAUUCGACCAACUCAUCAUCUACCAAGCGAAGGCGGAAGCAGAGCGCUCAGGUCCGCCUGCAGCAGCCCCUAUGGGCCGCGCUGGCGAGCACCAAGGUGGUCAUGGUAAAGAGUACGAGCUCUCCCAUGCCACGAGCGAAUCUGCCUGCGCCGAUGCUACCGACAUACACAACCUAGGAAACGCCCCGUUCGACCGCGAGGCAGGCCGCAUCUGGAUCUCGUACGUCGGCUGCGACGAGGUCAGUUUCGACACCAGCCACUUCUCCGACGACUUCUCGGAUCCUCCCGAAUCCUCCUCGCCCCCUCCCUUGACCGAGUCCUCUUCGGCUGCCCUUGACCAAUCGAAGCCGUUCUACGUGCGCAUUAAUAACGCGCAUUGGCUUUCCACCCGUAUUGUCCAUGCUCAAGAUAACAGCGCCGAGGAGACGGAUGACGACGCUACCGCGGCGGGCACACGGUGGACAGGGGACAUCUACGGUCUACGCCCAAUGUCCAAGUAUGUGUGCGAGUUUGUCGACACGCACACGGAUGCCAUCCUCUUCUCUACCACCGUCACGACGACUCGUGAAACCAGGAUGGCGGCCGUGGUCAACGGCGCCCCUACGCCGCAGAGACGCCCGCACUCGCCUGCCACGACGCUCCGAACUUCAAUUGCCGCCUCGGACGGCAAACUGGCGGGCGAGCGCAGCAGACUGAAGACGCUCCGCAAAGAGUGGAAAGCUAAGAUCAACUCACUUAAGAAGGAGAACGAAAUCACGGACAACUCGAUCAACACGGCGGGUGGUACGGACGACCGGUUCCGGCAAAAGAUUCGGCAACAGGAGACGCAGAAAUCGCAGGCCGACAACGAGACUUCGGAGCUCAGCGCGGAACUCAAGGCCUUUGACGAUGCGCCUAGCGAUGUCGUGUCCCGCCGUAAGCAAGUAGAAGGCUUGUGGACCGAGGAGAAGGCGGUGUACGAGGCAGCGCAAAAGGAAUUCAAAUCGUACUCGGCGUCGGUGAACUCGGCGGUCAAGGCCAAGGAGGGUGACCAGCAGCAGCUCCAGACGCGACGGAAUAAGGUCGCCAACCGCGUCGCCAAGGUCGACAACGAGCUCGCCAACAUUGCUGACGCCAAUACGCGCGGUCUCAACGAGGUCGAGCGGCGCAAGGCUGAGCGGGAGACGUGGCAGAGGCAGGUGUCGGCGGCCGAGGAGAGGCUCAAUAGCGACUUCAACUCGGUUCAGGUGGAUAACUCGAUUCUGCAAGAGGAACACGCCACCGCCAUGCAGACCGCGAACAGCCUGUAUGCCCAGCUCUAUGCCGCCACCACGGCUCCUGCCCCGGUUCCGACGUACGAUAUGGCGGAUCACCAGCGCCACAAUCUCCCUCGCCCAACCAGUAUCCGCCUUCGACCGGCGCGUGGAACCCUGCCGCAAGCCAAGCGCCCGCGGCGCCGGGUCUGA